AUGAAAGAAUUGCAUGUUACAUGGACUUUAUCGGAUUUGACAUUGGGUCAAGUUUGGGAAGCCAAUCUUCUCCGUUAUGAAUCGGUGAUCAAACAGGUUCGUGAAUACUGGCAAUCAUUCGAAGUGGAUCUGGUGAAUUAUCAAAACAAAACAAAGCUGAUUCGUGGUUGGGAUGAUCUGUUCAAUAAACUGAAGGAACACAUGAAUUCUCUUACAGCAAUGAAACUUUCUCCUUACUACAAGCAGUUUGAAGAGAAGCUUAAUAAAAUCAGUGCUUUGUUUGAUGUUUGGAUUGAUGUGCAACGCCGUUGGGUUUACUUGGAAGGGCUGUUCACGGCAUCAGCUGAUAUCAGUACGCUUCUGCCAGUGGAAUCAUCUCGAUUUGCGAGUAUUUCCACAGAAUUUUUGGCAUUGAUGAAAAAAGUAACAGCAGCGCCACGAAUCCUGGAUAUCGUAAACAUGCAAGGAGCGCAACGAGUGCUGGAACGUUUGGCUGAUAUGCUUGCGAAAAUUCAAAAAGCAUUGGGUGAAUACUUGGAACGUGAACGUAGCUCGUUCCCACGCUUCUAUUUUGUUGGUGAUGAAGAUUUACUCGAAAUUAUGGGCAACAGCAAGGAUAUUGCUCGAAUACAGAAACAUUUGAAGAAAAUGUUCGCCGGUAUUACAGCAAUUGAUGUUGUGGAUGAAAACACACUUGUUACAGCGAUUAACAGUCGUGAAGGGGAACGUGUAGAACUCGUAAAACCCGUCAGUAUCAAAGAAAAUCCUCGUAUCAACGAUUGGUUGCGCUUGGUGGAGAGUGAAAUGCAAAGCACGCUGGCACAUCUCCUGAAUCAAUCGUUGUCAGCAUUUGCCAAAUUUGAUAUGAAUUCGGUUGAACCACAAGAAUAUAUGGCUUGGCUUGACCGAUAUCCAGCACAAGUGAUAGAACUUACGGCCAACAUAUGGUGGUGCUCAAAAAUUGAGAAGUAUUUCGCGGAGGGAAAGACUGUGGAAGAAGUUGAAACAGUUGUUGAUAAGACAUUAACUCUGCUUGCGGAUAGCGUGUUGGAUGAACAGCCACCCAUCCGACGAAAGAAAAUUGAGGCAUUGAUCACAGAAUUUGUACACAAAAGGGAUAUUUGUCGCAGUUUGAUACAGAACAAGGUGACCUCAGCAACAAGCUUUCAUUGGCUCAAAUGUAUGCGUUUCUAUUUCGAUUCGCGGCUCUCGGAUGCUCGUACAUGUUGCACCGUCAAAAUGGCCAAUGCGCAUUUCCCGUACGGUUUUGAGUAUUUGGGGCUGCAAGAGAAGCUUGUACAGACGCCCCUGACCGAUCGAUGCUACUUGACAAUGACACAGGCAUUGAAUUCCAGGUAA